AAGUGACAUUAGAGUUACCCAUGGACAGACACUUUUUAAGGAAGCUUUGGACAGCUCCUCAUGGGCAUGGCGGUGUUGCUAUCUUACACUCAGCCGAAGCAUUUUCAUUUUAUUAGCCAAAGCUUUGAAAAAGGAACUUCGUUUCUCUUUUCCAACAGUUAUAAGCAAAAUCCUAUCUGUCAAAUUCCUUAAUUUAUUUAAGCUAAUUAAUAAUAUAAUUAUUACCAUAAAUGAAUAACCAAAUUUAAGCUUUAUUAGUCUGCUAUAAAGGAAAAAAUUAAACAAAAAAAAGAAAUCUUUAUUUUUGGUAAAUUGAUGCUUUUCUUCGUCUUUCGGUCUCUGCAUCCAAAUUCAAAUGUAAAAGCUUUUUAGUGUUCAUAACUUGUUCCUCAGCUUCCUGUACAUCGUCUGUCUUUACAGAGUAACAGAUGAAGCUGUAUGCAAUUCAAAAUUGCUGUUAGUAAGAAAAAUAAUUGGUCAAUUUAGUUUUGCUCUUCUUCUAUCAAAUAAAUAAGCAGAAAUGGCAGCUGAGCUGGUCAAUUCUGCCACAAGUGAGAAACUGGCUGAGAUGGACUGGGCAAAAAACAUUGAAAUUUGUGAGCUAGUUGCUCGAGAUCAAAGGCAAGCUAAAGAUGUUGUUAAAGCAAUUAAGAAACGAUUGGGGAGCAAAAACCCAAAUACUCAAUUAUAUGCUGUAUUGCUAUUGGAGAUGUUGAUGAACAAUAUUGGUGAAAAUGUUCAUAAGCUGGUGAUUGAUACAGGCAUUCUCCCUAUUCUUAUGAAGAUAGUGAAGAAAAAGUCAGACUUGCCUGUUCGAGAGAGAAUAUUUCUUCUUUUGGAUGCUACACAGACAUCCCUCGGUGGUACUUCUGGGAAGUUUCCUCAAUACUAUUCAGCAUACUACGAUUUGGUGAGUGCUGGAGUGAAAUUUCCUCAAAGGCCUCACACUACAGCAUCAAAUCCUCCUAUUUCACUACCAGUUAAGAAUAAUACACUUAAUGGGGAACUUGCCUCGGCUAGACAUGAGGAAGUUGCACAGCAAGCAGAGCCUCAGAUUUCUCCAGAGUCCAGCAUCAUUCAGAAGGCUAGCAAUGCAUUAGAGGUUUUAAAAGAGGUCCUUGAUGCAGUUGACACUCAAAAUCCUGAGGGUGCUAAGGAUGAGUUUACACUUGACCUUGUGGAACAGUGUUCAUUCCAAAAGCAACGAGUGAUGCAUCUUGUGAUGAGUUCUGAGGAUGAAAAGGUUGUUUCUCGUGCAAUUGAGUUGAAUGAGCAACUCCAGAAAGUUCUUGUUAGACAUGACGCUCUUCUCUCAGGCAAGACUGCUGUUUCAAGUAGGCCAACGUCAACUUUAAAUCAUUUUGACCAGGAAGAAGAGGAAGAAGAGGAGCCAGAACAACUUUUUAGAAGGAUACGAAAAGGGAAAGCAUGUGCAAGACCUGAAGAUGAGGAGUGCUCUAGAGAGCUGCCACACUUAGGUUUGUUUGGAUCACAUAUUCUUGGAGAAAAAGAAAGGAUAAACCGUCCACUUAUCCGACCAUUGUCCUUGGAACCAACAAGUGAAAACAACGCAAAUCCUUCAGCUGUUGCAAUUCCUCCCCCUCCUGCAAAACACAUUGAGAGAGAAAGAUACUUUCAGGAGAAAAAGGUUGAUGGUUCUGCUGUGGCUGGUCAUAUGAGAGGCAUGUCAUUACACAGUCGUAAUGCCAGCAGUUCUCAUAGCGGGAGCAUGGAUUUCAGUGACUAACUAUAGGUUUGUGUUUUCUCCAUUUCUAUUUCUGGAAAUCUCAGUUUCUAUCUUCUAAAAAAUGAAGAUGGAUUUCCAUUGCUAGUGCUGUCAGGUGUUGGUGGAAAGAAUGACUGAACCUCAAGAUAUUUAAUCAUGUAAAAUGUUCUUACAAUCAGCCUUCUUAUUUGGUGGUCAUGUGGCUCGUCUUGGAGGGUGGGUGGCCGUUAUUGUUAUUUUCAUUGAGUUGUGGCGUCUAGUUUUUAAAAUCCUUUUGUUUCUGAGAGUGACUUUUAAAGACGAUUUGUUUGGAGAGAGUUUUAGCACAUCUUUGAUGGCAUGGCUAUGAUUUUGGACACUUCAGUGUGAUGCACAUUUUAAGCUUGCAUACAAGCGCACAAGGUCUGCUCCCAAUUUUGAUGCCAAGGAUCGGAUAUUGCCCUUCUGAGUCCCAAGGUUUCCAAGAUGUUGUUAGCGACAUAUGUUAUUCUUCAUAAAUUUUUAAUGUCUUCCAUCCAGGCUUUGACAUCUAGCCAGUACAACAAAUUACAAAUAGAAGUAGGGUCACGUCAUGCACUGUUCGAUUUUCGAUUUUUUGGCGUGGGUGGGGCUUUACGCGGCUUGUGGUGAUGCCAAAAAUAUUUUAAAAUUAUGUGUUCUAAAUUAAGUGCCAAGAUUCAAUUUAUAUGUUAUUGAGAGAAGUAUUAAUUUUACUACUAGUUAAUUUCUCGAUAAAAGAGUAUUUUCAGUAAUAAGCAUUUUAAAAA